UUGACAAAUGUAGUGACGAGGUGGCAACACGACGAAAACUCAACCCUGCAAUCGAAAUUAACGGCGCGAAUGGAAAAUUGGCGUCGCUUGUGUUCAACAAAUAAAUUUUAUUAACAAAAAGGUGGAUAAAUUUUAACUUUUAAUGGAAUCACGUUUGCCAAAGCCAACGGCCAUAAAGCGGCCAAUGCCAGCAAUGAAACCUGUUUUACCCAGUGAUCGUAUUAAGGCAAAUACCAGCGCAUUUAAUGCAAGUCAACAAACAUUGCCGCCACUUUCAAGAGACUUGCAGAAUUUACCGCAGGCUUUGGCCAGAAAUGGAGGUCGUGCGGGUUCGCCACAGCCGUUAAAGGCAACGGUGAGUCGCAGCAACUUGCGACGCAGUCGCUCCGCCUGCGAUAUUACUGAGAUGCGGUUUAAUAACAAGCGCGCCGGCGUGCCCAACUUGUCCGUAUUGCCUUCGAAAUUCCGACGUAUGGCACCAACAACAACAACUGCAACAGGAGCUGCUCCCGCUGCCGCAUCCACUGCAGCUGGACGCGCUGUUCGUGCUGCCGGCGUCGCUGCCAAACGUCCCAUUUCUGCCAGCUUCAAUUCGAGCUCCACUUCCAGUUCCAGUUCGGUAGCAACGCGUCCAUUUCCACGUGCAGCGGGCACUGCCAUUAGCAAAGCAAAGCCAGCUGCUGGAGGAGCAGGAACAGGAACAGGAGGAGGAGCUGCUCCAGCCAAGCGCAUUGCUCCAUAUGAUUACAAGGCACGAUUUCAGGAUUUGUCCGAGAAGCACAAAGUCUUGAGAGCGAAACUUGAGAAGCAAACUGAAGAUUUAUCGGAAUUGGAAUCAAUGCCCAUUCAGCUGGAGGAAACGCAGGCCAAGCUCAUUAAAACGGAGACCACACUCAAGAAUAUGCGGACGGACAACGAGUGUCUGCAGCGUCAGGUGACUCAGCAGUCGAGCAAGAUCGAGAGCAUCACUAGCGCCUUGGGACGCACAAAGGAGGAACUGAGUCAAUUGCAGACGUCGCAUCAGACAAUCAAAAGUGAACACGAAACUCUCUCCACAGAAGUGCAGGAUUUGAGAAAUCGCAAUGAGGAACUCAUACGAAGUAAUGAGCAACUGAUUGCCGAACUGGAGAACUGCAGGGAGCAGUUGUUCCAAUCCAACAUGGAUCGCAAGGAGCUGCACAACACUGUGAUGGAUCUGCGUGGCAAUAUACGCGUCUUUUGUCGCGUUCGUCCGCCUUUGGAUUAUGAAUCAUCCCGCUUGUUAUGCGGCUGGACAUAUCAUGAUGAGGCCACCGUGGAGCUGCAGAGCAUCGAUGGCCAGGCGAAGAAUAAGAUUGGUCAACAGCUAUUCACAUUCGAUCAGGUCUUUCAUCCCAACUCCCAGCAAACGGACAUUUUUGAAAUGGUUGCACCAAUGAUUCAAUCCGCACUCGAUGGCUACAACAUUUGCAUCUUUGCCUAUGGCCAGACGGGCAGUGGAAAGACCUAUACCAUGGAUGGUGUGCCGGAUAAUGUGGGCGUUAUACCUCGCACUGUUGAUCUCCUAUUCGAUUCUAUCAAAAACUAUCGCAAUCUUGGCUGGGAAUAUCAUAUAAAGGCAACAUUUUUGGAAAUCUAUAAUGAAGUACUUUAUGAUCUGUUGAGCAAUGAGCAGAAGGAAAUGGAAAUACGUAUGACCAAGAAUUCGGUGAAAAAUGAUAUCUACGUGUCGAAUAUAACCGAGGAAACGGUCCGAGAUCCUGAGCACUUGCGGGAACUCAUGCAAAUGGCCAAAAUGAAUCGGGCCACGGCUUCCACGGUGGGCAAUGAACGUUCAUCUCGCUCGCAUGCGGUCACCAAGCUGGAGCUGAUCGGCCAGCAUGCCGCCAAGCAGGAGACAUCGGUGGGCUCCAUUAAUCUGGUCGAUUUAGCUGGUUCAGAGUCACCAAAGACUAGUGUACGCAUGACCGAAACAAAGAACAUUAACCGAUCGCUGUCGGAGCUAACAAAUGUUAUAUUGGCGUUGCUACAAAAACAGGAUCAUAUACCAUAUCGCAACUCGAAGCUGACACAUCUAUUGAUGCCCUCGCUGGGCGGCAAUUCAAAGACUCUGAUGUUCAUUAAUGUAUCGCCGUUUCAGGAUUGCUUUCAGGAAUCGGUUAAAUCGUUGCGUUUUGCUGCCUCCGUCAAUUCUUGUAAAAUGGCCAAGGCAAGGCGGAAUCGUUAUCUGAACAGCUCUAAUCAGGCUAACAACAGCAGUUGCGAGAAGUAGACACCGGCAAACAUCUUUAGAUUGUAAUAAUAAUUAAAUCCAAAAAAAAAGAGAAACAACAUUUUUAAUAUGUAAAUUCAUUUGUUAACAAAUUACACGUAAAAUAUACUGUCUUCAUUUUUAAUUCA